UGAUUCCGGAAGAGGUGGGUGAACAAGUACCGGGGAGGAGAUACAGACAAGAGCCGGCUGAGUGAGCAAGAGCCCAGGGAGAAGAAGCAGGCAGGAGUCACAUCUGAGUGAGCAGGAACCCGAGGAAGAGAAGCAGAAAAGAGUCGGACUCUGGGGAUUCACAGUUGAAAGAUGGCAAGCAAGUGUGCCUCAUCAGAUCCAUGGCAAGAUUGUAUGGAAGUUGCAGUUACUAUUGCCCGAGAAGCUGGGGCUGUAAUUUGUGAUGCUUUGAGAAAAGAAAAGAACGUUCAGGUGAAAAGCUCUCCUGCAGACUUGGUAACCGAAACUGAUCAAAAUGUCGAGAAAAUGAUUAUAGGCACGCUAAAGGAGAAGUUUCCUUCUCACAGUUUUAUUGGUGAAGAGUCAGUUGCAGAUGGAGCAGCAAGUAUCCUUACGGAUAAUCCAACAUGGAUAAUUGAUCCCAUUGAUGGAACUACUAAUUUUGUCCAUAGGUUUCCUUUUGUAGCAGUUUCGAUUGGCUUUUCUGUGAACAAACAGAGUGAAAUUGGUAUUGUUUAUAGCUGUGUGGAAGACAAGAUGUACACAGCGCGAAAAGGACAAGGCGCAUUCUGCAAUGGGAAACGAUUGAAAGUGUCUGGACAAGAGGACAUCAGCAAAGCUCUUAUAGUAACUGAGCUUGGAUCAAAUCGCACACCUGAAGUUUUAAAGACGGUCCUUUCAAAUAUGGAAAAACUAAUCUCUAUUCCGAGUCAUGGAGUUCGAGCUCUGGGAACUGCAGCUGUAAACAUGUGCAUGGUGGCAACUGGUGGUGCAGACGCCUACUAUGAGAUGGGUAUUCACUGCUGGGAUAUGGCAGCAGCUGCACUCAUCGUUUUGGAGGCUGGUGGUGUUGUGCUGGAUAUAUCAGGAGGACCAUUUGAUCUGAUGUCACGCAGAGUGAUUGCUGCAAGUAGCAGAGCCAUUGCGGAGAGAAUAGCAAAAGAAGUGCAGAUAAUCCCCUUUCAGAGAGAUGAUCAGAAGGAAUGAGAAUCUAUUUUUAAAAAAAACUGGUAUUGAGAAAUACAUUUACUCCGAUUUAAAUAGAUUUUCAGUCUUUCAUUUGCCAAUGUAAUAAGAAUACCUUUGAACUCAUCAGGUGGAACAGAUGAACUUCAAUUUCAGUGGUCGAUGUACCUCAUACUGUAACGCGAUAAUCAUCAAUAUUUUACAAUAAAAGAAUUUCCGGCUUCUGUGGAAGCUGAUUUAAAUGCAACUAGAAUUUGAAUUACUGCAACCAGUAGUCUAUGUGGACAUUUCCUCGCUUGCUAUCUUUUGAAGUAUAUGAACAUAUUCCUUAAUUGUUUUGAUAAUGAAUGUUGAUGAGAGCGUAAAUUGAAUGCAACAAAUACAUUAUUUUAGGGUAGUGUUUCUACAUUGGUUGCAAUGCAGAAUCGCAGCUAACUGACAUAAAUUGCAGUAAUAACAAUGCAGCUAAUUGACAUAAAAUUUUGUCUAAAAUUGCACCCAUUUUUAUAACUGUUUUCUUAAGUUUCUAAUCAAAUUUACUUUUAUAUUGACAAGUCCAAAUUUUAUCAUGGAGCAAUAAAAUUGGACUGUUAAAAUGGUACAUAUUAAAUAAAUUGUUUUAGAAGAUA